ACACACGUACAUAUGUCUGUCUGUCUGUAUGCAUGUAAGUAUGUAUACACAAGCGUAUUGUAAUACAACCCAAUAAAUAAUACAAAUAAUUGAGGAAGUGAGAUAAAUUUUAUGCUAUCUAUUAGGAUAUAAUAAUACUUCAGGAGUAUAAUAACACUUACAGAUAAACACACCCAGGAAUACAUGCAGCAAUCACCAUAUUCAGUUUAUAAAAUGCAGCUCCUUAAACAUUUGUCGCUAUACUGAUUGUCAUUGCAUGCAAACAAACGCUAAAUUCAUACGAAGAACAAAAUCGACUACAGCAACAACAACAAUCACAAUCACAACUACAACAACAACCAAGCCAAAUAGUAUCAGCAGAAAGAAGAAGAACAGCGAUAAUAAGAGCAGUAAUUUAAUAAGAAUAGUGGAAGAAAGUUGAAAGGACAAACAAAUGCAAAUGUUGCAAUAACGAUUAACAAUGAUAUAAUGUAAAAGAAAUCAAGUAUCAACAGCUACUUCCACAAACAACAAACCUUUUGCUGGAAUCGAAACAACAAACCUUUUGCUGGAAUCGAAACAACAAAAUUGAACGAUAACGUUCAGCUGUUAGGAAUGUUACAUAUAAUCGAAAACCCAAAAGUAACAGCUGAAAAUUAUCCUACUGUCGAAGAUGAGUGGCUAUUUCACCAAAAUUGUGCAAAAAGAAUUCACACUUACCUAUUUGGCGUUUCUGAAGCGACAAAAUUGGAAUUUUCGAAAUAUUAUCAGCUUUCUGCAGCAAAAGAUAGAGAAUGGUUACCGAUAAGAAAACGCCCAGGUAAAAUGAUCGAUAAAAGAAAUGGCAGGCCUUGUAUUAAUCUUGGUGACAAAUUUUACAAAACAGUUGAAUUUUCACCCGAUUUCUUUAAAAACGGAGCACCAGUUUCACCGCCUGUGUUCGGAAUCGGAGGUAAGAAGGACGAAACUUUCAUACCAAUUUCAAAAGGGACUGUACACAAAACAUUAUUUGCUAGUAACAGAAGGCAACAGCAACUGACAGAGGAAGUGCAAGCAGUGAUUGAACUGGAUAAUUGGCGCCCAGCCCCUCCGCUGAAGUUCUAUAAAGGAAUACCUACUUCAUAGUAGUUCAGGACAAAAAAAAGGAUUAAUCGCAGAAAAACCCCACGUUUCAUGUAAAUUUUCACUAACUCCAUAACUUUGGUCUAAAAA